CAAGUGAGGGAAGGGCGCGUGCGUGCGGAGGAUGGACUACAAGUCCCAGAAGCCCCGACGGCACUAGGCGCAAGCGUACUGAAGAAGGAGGAAGGAAAAGCUACAGUAAGCCCUUCCUCAUCUUCCUCCUGGACCAGGAUGAACCUGGAACGGGUGUCCAAUGAGGAGAAGCUGAACCUCUGCCGGAAAUACUACCUAGGGGGGUUUGCACUCCUGCCCUUUCUCUGGCUGGUUAACGUUCUGUGGUUCUUCCGAGAGGCUUUCCUGGCGCCAGCCUACGAGGAGCAGGGGCAGAUCAAGGGCUACGUCUGGCGUUCAGCCUUGGGGCUUGUCUUUUGGCUUGUGGCACUGACCUCCUGGAUCACCAUCUUCCAGAUCAAUCGUGCCCGCUGGGGUGCCCUGGGCGACUAUCUCUCCUUCACCAUCCCUUUGGGGAUACCCUGAUAAGCUCGAGCCUCUGCCAAUUCAUGGCCUGGUGCCCUUCUCACCCGCCUUAUCUCUAGCGCUGGACCAGUAUGAUUUCCAAAGAUGAAGAAAAAUCUCAUAUCCUUCAUAUCCCCAGCC